AUGCGAGCAGCGUCCCGGAUCAGCAGCACAUUCACUGCUGUAAAAGACAUCACCCGCUAUGAUUCUAACCUGCAGUACCAACAGCUGAAACCGUGUAUCGUCUUCGCCGUAGUAAUGACAGUUGCAACCAACAGAAAGCCAAGCACCCUUGGACCUCGGCAGAAACCUUCAUUCUUACAUAAUACUGAAGAGAUGAAGAACCGAGAGCAUCGGCAUCUCCUCACAGAAGUGAACAGGAGUUACCACCGUGACAAGUGGAUAGAACCCGAAGCGCAGAAGGACUGGAAGAAGCUGUACAAACAAAUCAGCAUCAUCAAACCGAUGGCUACAAACAUGAGCCCCUGA